UCGAUGGCGUCUAUCACCGGAUCGACCAUCAAGAUCGCGGCCGGACCUCGCUUUGCGAAGCAGAGCAAGGUAGUUAGUGGUUUCUCUGGCCAGAAGUUGGUUUCUUUCUCUGGUCGUCAAAGCUUUCCAUCAGUGCGGUUGCAGCGCCUCCAGAUUUGUUGUGCUGCAAAACCAGAGACAGUUGACAAGGUUUGUCAAAUAGUGAAGAAGCAGCUUGCACUUACCGAUGAUACCUCCGUCACAGGGGACUCAAAAUUUACUGAUCUCGGUGCUGACUCGCUUGACACGGUUGAGAUCGUGAUGGGUCUUGAGGAGGCCUUCGGCAUCAGUGUUGAGGAGGACAGUGCUCAGAGCAUUGCGACCGUGCAGGAUGCUGCUGAUCUGAUUGAGGAGCUUGUUGCGAAGUCAUAAAUUAGUGAACUUGUCAGUUAGAAAUGGAGGGGUCUCGUCUUUGUUUUCCAUUUAUAUCUUAGUUUAUCGUAGCUUAUCAUCAUUGUUACUGGGAAACUUUUGCAGCGACUUCUGAGUUAUCUAGUGUGUCGUGGUGCCAAACUGUUGUAACUUCUUUCAUCCGUGCUAUUUGAAUUUUGAGUUAUUAUCAAUAAGAUAAUACCUACCCUGUUGGAACUAUUUCAAUAUUAAUUUCUGGUUUAGU